AUGGCAGUAUACUCAUCGGAUGAGUUGGUAUGGUGUCGGGUGUUCUCUUUUUCUCUCAAAGAAGAGGCGUUAGAUUGGUUUCACUCUUUGCAACCAGGCACGAUCGGUAAUUUUGCUGAACUCAGGCAAUUAUUUACUCAACAAUACGCUGCAAACAAAACGCCCGGGAUGACGUAUACAGCGCUAGUCAGGCUGAGACAGGGACGCGACGAGUCCCUUAAAUCAUUCAUGGAUCGGUUCAGCCGCACCGCUCGGCAGGUACGAAACGCAGACCAGAGAUUGAUUGUGAGUGCGUUGACCACCGCCUUAAGGCCAGGACCAUUUUGUGACUAUUUGCAUGCUGAAGAGCCACAAAGCAUGGAUGAGUUGCAAAAUAGACUUGCCAGCUUCAUUCGGAUAGAAGAAGGAAGAGCCCACCACCGAGGUAGAGACGACGGCGAGUCAUCAGUUCGUGCAGUACGUGGAGGGAUUGAACAUCCGGUCAGUAGAAGAGACAGAGGAGCAGGUCUCAGAGGCAAGGAUCGAAGCAGGAUGCAGAGGUACAUACAUCACACUCCAUUAAAUGCACCCCGAACGAGAGUGUUGGAGGAGGCGUUAAGGGCGGAUCUAAUAGCAGUUGUGCAAGUACCUACACCGGCUAGAGCUGACGAAAGCAAGCAUUGUCGGUAUCAUCAAAAUCGUGGACACACCACAGAAGAUUGUAUCACGUUAAAAGACAAGUUAGAAGCCCUCGUUCAGGCGGGACAUUUGCAAAGGUUCGUCCAGAGAAGAGGGUCGACGGGGAGAAUCAGGCCACCAACAACUCAACGAAACCCGCAAGUGAGAAGUCAGCAAAGAACCGAUCGGAGUAGAAGCAGGAGUGCCGAACGGGUUGUCAGGGGAGUAAUCAACACGAUUUCUGGAGGAUUUGCAGGCGGCGGUUCAACAUCAGCAGCCAGAAAGAGGCACCUCAGAAAUUUGCAUAGUUCCAACCGAUCGGGCUCGUCCAGGAGAUCUAUGCCAGCUAUCACAUUCACAGAUGAAGAUUUUCAUGCACCUGAUCUGGAGCAAGAUGACCCGAUGGUCAUAACGGCCAUGAUUGCUAGAUACCAAGUCAGCAAAGUUCUUGUAGAUCAAGGCAGUUCAGCCAAUAUCCUCUACUGGAAGACAUUCAAGCAAAUGGAGAUAUCAGAGGAUGCUAUCAUGCCUUUCAAUGAGCAAAUUGUGGGGUUUGCUGGGAAAGGGUGGACACAAAAGGGUAUGUAG